CAUUCAGAGGCACAGCGUGGAGGCUGCACAUACACACAACAGCACGUUCGGGACAACAUGGCAAGGAUACCUCACCCCUGUGCGACCAUAUCAGCGUGCUUGGCAGGCGCUCUCCUACUGCUGCCGCUGUGCUUGGGUGACCAUUAUGAAUUUGACUAUGAUUCAUCGGAGUACUCUGACAAUUCAACAAUCGCGUACAGUUUCUUCAGCAAUGGCAGCACUGAGGAACUCGAGAAAUUUUUAUUGGGAGGAGGGACAGACACUGGAGGAGACACCAGCGUUACAGAAACAGAUGAAAGUGUGCGAGAAGUAAAACCAACUGAGACAACUUUCUCUGUUAUGAAUCGGGCAUCUAGGUCGACGCCUGUAUAUUUACUUCUUACUCUGGUUAUGAUGGUUUAUCAACUGCUCAGACUACUAUAGAAGACACUCAGCAUUUCACAGAACACUAUCACACAUCUAAAGAGAAGUCCCAGAGGAGGAAGAGCAGAUGGACAGAUAACCUGGACCUUCAGUACAGACAGACACGCAUACACGUGCACACCCACAAAGAGCUUAAGCAAAGACAAUAUCGAGUGGAAAGCAUCCAUGACCAACCACAACAACGCAAGCUGUUCAUGAAAAAAGACACAUUUUUUCGCCUUUUUCGUCGCAAAAUAGAACACAAAAAGCACGCUGGGCUAAAUGAAUGGAAUAGAGCAUGUGACUAUGAAAUGGGGCUAAUCUAAAUGACAGAUUCUUUUGAGUCUGUUUUGUCAAUUUCUGAUUCAUACCAAAACCUGAGUAACAAAAACUUGAGAAAACAAGACUUCUCUGUUAUUUAAUGAAUGUAGAAAUUCAUAAACAUGCAAGCUAUUCAGUAGCUAUUCAGUAUCAUGUACAACAAUACAAAACCACAUGUCUCUGUUUUAGAGACUUUUUAUAUACAAUGUGCACAUCUGAUUGCCACGAAAAUUUCAUUCAUUUGCAAUUAAUUUUCACAAUGUCAGACAAACAAUCAAAUCAGUUUUUUUUAAACAAUUGCCAAUGCCAAUUUCAUCUUUUUCAUAUAUAUCUUUCUAAUUCAUCUUAUGCUGUUGCAGAAAAGCAUAUAAUUGUACUAUAAUUUCUAGCCUUUUGGCAUCAUGACCUUUCAAAAUUGGCAAUUUUCUUAACCACACUGCACUUCUAAGCCUCACGCCUUCCUUCGUAAUCCAAUUUAGCAUAGCAGCACAAUUUAUUUGUAAUGGAUGUAUUAAUAUUAAAAAUGUUUGUAUUAGAUGGUGCUCUACACCAAAAUGCACAUGAAUUUGUGAGCCAUUUUUAUAUGUUGUUACAGAUACUGAAUAAAUAUUUU